CCUGGCUUCCCAUUGCACCAGUCUGAUCCUCUCUGGUCUCACACCCCCAGUCAGUGUUGGACACACACAGAGACAGACAGGCAGACAGACACACACAGAGACAGGCAGGCAGACAGACAGACACAGAGACAGACUGACACACACAUAGACGGACGCAGCAGAGGUGCAGAGACCGACCAAGAGGAGCCACACAGACAGAGAGUCAGAGCAGUUGAGAGACAGUGAAGAGAAAGAGAGACACAAAGAAAGAGAGACAGGCUAAAGAACAAGCUGAGACUCCCUCUUCUGUCUCUCCUGCCAUGGAAAACUACUUAGAUUGGAUCUACAUGGGGGUGAUGUCGGUGUUCGUCGGUGGGGCCGUCCGGAAGUUCCUGGCCUCCCACAUCAGUGCCGCCCCAACCGUGGUAGCCUGGCUGGGGGUCACCCUGGUGGUGGAGAAGCUCUGGUCCCACAGCGUGCCGGCCGUUCUGGCGCUGGGAGCCAUCUGUGUCGCCUGCUGCCUGUACUCUGCCAAAACGGCCCCAGCACCAGUUCUGCCUGUCGAGGGCAAGGCGGUCCUCAUCACAGGUUGCGACACAGGGUUUGGGAGGGCCGCGGCACAGCGUUUGGAUGCCCAGGGCUUUGAGGUGUUUGCCACAGUCUUAGACCUGUCUGGCGAAGGGGCCCGCGACCUCAGGAGAGCCUGCUCCUCUCGUCUCACCCUGCUACAGGUGGAUAUCACCCAGCCGAUGCAGGUUCAACAAGCCCUGCUGGACACCAAGGCCAAACUGGGCCUCAGAGGUCUGUGGGGCCUGGUGAAUAAUGCAGGUGUGUGUGUUAACUUUGGGGAUGCUGAGCUGUCCUUGAUGUCUAACUACCGUGGUUGUAUGGAGGUCAACUUCUUUGGGACGUUGAAUGUCACCAAGACAUUCCUGCCUCUGGUGCGUCAAUCGAAGGGACGUAUCGUAACCAUCUCCAGCCCCGCAGGUGAGCAGCCGUUCCCUUGUCUGGCAGCAUACGGAGCCUCAAAAGCGGCUCUCAACUUGUUCAUGAGCACCCUGCGCCACGAACUGGAUCCCUGGGGUGUCAAGGUCUCUACGAUACUGCCCUCCUCAUACAAAACAGGUCAGUCCAGUAACCAGGAGUACUGGGAGUGCCAGUACAAGAAUAUGAUCCACAACCUGUCCCCGUCUCUCCUGGAGGAGUACGGGGAGGAAUAUACCAAGGAGACCCAGGAGCUGUUCCAGCGCUACGCGCAGACGGCCAAUGAGGACCUGUCUCCGGUCAUUAACACCAUAAGUGAGGCGCUGCUGUCACCGCAUCCUCUGGUCAGGUACUACGCCGGGCCCGGAGUGGGCCUCAUGUACUUUAUCUACAGCUAUCUCCCCCUGAGCGUCUCAGACAAGUUCCUCCAGAGAAUAUUUGUCCAGAAGAAGGUCAUCCCCCGCGCCCUGAGGAAGGAGAAUGGGCUCAACAGCAGCUUCCUCCACAACAACAACAACAACAACAACAACAACAAUGUUGACACAACCGAGAAGAAAUAAACAAAGCAACAACUCUUUUUUUUGGUUUUUUUUGUAUAAGUUAUAUAAGAAGGUAUAGGACCACUCCUGUAAACAUGCUCAUAGAAUUGUUCAAUUUUUUUGUUAUUAGCUGUUAUACAUUUAUACUGUUUUUAUAUACUGUUGUUUUUAUUGAAGGGAUCAUUGAAUUGCAGUGCAAUUAAUGCACCGAAAUGUAUUCUGUAUUUUCACUCCUCACAGGACUCGCCGGGCAACAACAUGGCUGGCGCACUGAGCCAUCGGUUUAGAUUGUUUUCCUUCCCAUUACAGUGGAUGCCAUGUCAGCCCUUAAACACGGGACAUGGCUGGCAUAGAAACCAAGUGGAAAAGCCUCGAGUUUAGUUAUCGUCGCCACCGCAGAACAAACAGGCGUAUCCCAAAAGGCACACCGUCCCCUGCAUAGUGGAUCGCUUUCGACUGGACCCAGAAGGCUUAAGCGUAAUGGCUAUGCAGGGGAUAGGUUGUCAUCUGGGACACAUUUCCCAGUGUAAGAUGGCUGGCCUGUGGCCUCCAACCACUCCCUGACCGCUGUGGUGGUCUAUCAGCCUUAAAGGCACGGUGCCAUUCAAAGCGUCAUGCCCGCUAGUUUUAAACAAGCGACAGAGUAGCACGCAGACGCACGCCCAGAAUGUGCCCGGAUCACAUCCUUGAUAGGAUGACAUGGCCUGAAGGCCAAUGAGGUGGAUGAACAGUUCCAACAUUUUAGGCAAAGUUCCCGGGGACAACUUUUAUAGGGUGAUAUAAAGGGGAUCUACUACUGAGUUCCCGUUCACCAAACAAACACUUCCACACACCAAGGAAACCUUCCCAAAAUGUCUUGGUUUUCCGGAAACCCUGAUUGAAAGAUUCCUACAUGCAGGCAAGAGGAAGGAGGGAAUUGAUAAUCGUUUAGCCUGGAUUUCUGUAAAACCGAAGAUUUGGAGGAAAUUACCCUUAUUGCGUAUGAUGGGGACUUUGAUGAUCUCUCUAGUCUUUUUACAUAUCUUGCAUCUGUCUCUCUGUUUUUCUCCGCUAAACAUCAGCAUAUUACGAUAAGGGUAAUGAUCACUCUCCCUCAAGCUCUUUUUUUCUCUUUGUCUUUCACUCACCAUUUUCUAUGAAGUUAUCUACCUCAGUGUAAUGCCAACAAAUAUAAUUAAUAUAGAGUACACAUUCAAGUCAAAGACUACAUUUGUCUAUUCAUUAAAUGUUCAUGAAUUUGAUCCUAUUGAGGUAGAGAACUUUCAGAGAAACUAGCCCCAUAAUAUAACAAUGCCAGGUUAAUAUGUCAGAAGUCUGUCAUUAGCUAUCGCAUGGGUUAGGUUCAAUACUCUGUUCUGUUACAGAAUAGUCAAAUCCCUGUGGAGUUCCGAAUUCAAAGAUGUUUCACUAUUAUUUCUGUCUAUUUUUUACUUUGAACAGUUCAUCAUUGGGCAUCUGCUUUCAUUUUGUUCUUCAACCCACUGUUUAUGCUUCUUAAAUCAGAGUAGUUAUGUCUAGGUGUCUUUAUGGAUCACUGAAACUGUGAAUUUUGUAUACAAAUAUAGAAAAUCUGGAAAAUGUUCACCCACCCAACUUCAUUCUUUGAUGGUAUUGAAGAAGGUUGAUUUUUGUUUGUUUUUAUCACUUCUCUUUAUUGUCUCUCAUCCAAGCAGUCAAUGAACGGCUGCAACAGUUCUCCUCCAGUCCUGGAAAGAUGGACAGUUUGUUGACAUGCCAAGUGUUCAUCUUUGACCCUUAUACACAAACUCAAUCACCCACUUAUAAUCUGUCAAUUAGUACUUGGCACAUGGAAUGCUAAUUCUUAUGCUCAUUUAAAUAAUUAAGACUUAAACCAUUGUACAACGGUAAGGAGGGGGCAAUAUGAGUAGAAUGGCUACAUCCAAAAUCAGAGUUCAAAUCUUAAAUAGUGCACUGCAGUUCACCAGGGCCAUAGACAAUAGUGCACACUAUAUAGGGAACAGUGUGCACAUUUGAGAACUGGUGAAUGAGAUCACUCUGUAAGCUCAUUAGAAUAAUUACCCCACAUUUGAGACCCCUCAUUUAGCGUCUAAAUUGACCCAGAUUUUUUGCCCUGUUCCUAGAACUUCCUGGAUCCAAGCUAGGUUCAGGCUCAUUGGUGGCCACGUUCUGAGUGUUAACCCUAAAGAAUCCAACAACACACCGGGCACAUUCGUUACAUUGUUUUGUAACGCUGCCCCAUGAAAUCCUGUGUUUUUCUUACUUUGUGUUGUUGGACCUGGGAUGCCAGGCUUCCUUGAACUUUCUGAUUGUCAGGAUUUCUAGAACUUUUUGAAUGUCAGGUUUCAAUUUUCUGAACACCAGGGUUUCUAUAGCCUCCCACAUAUCAAGGUUUCUAUAACAUCCCACAUGUCAAGGUUUCUAUAACAUCCCACAUGCCAAGGUCUCUAUAACAUCCCACAUGUCAAGGUUUCUUUAACAUCCCACAUGUCAAGGUUUCUAUAACAUCCCACAUGUCAAGGUUUCUAUAAGAUCCCACAUGUCAAGGUUUCUAUAACAUCCCACAUGUCAAGGUUUCUAUAACAUCCCACAUGCCAAGGUCUCUAUAACAUCCCACAUGUCAAGGUUUCUUUAACAUCCCACAUGUCAAGGUUUCUAUAACAUCCCACAUAUCAAGGUUUCUAUAACAUCCCACAUGCCAAGGUCUCUAUAACAUCCCACAUGUCAAGGUUUCUUUAACAUCCCACAUGUCAAGGUUUCUAUAAGAUCCCACAUGUCAAGGUCUCUAUAACAUCCCACAUGUCAAGGUUUCUUUAACAUCCCACAUGUCAAGGUUUCUAUAACAUCCCACAUGUCAAGGUUUCUAUAAGAUCCCACAUGUCAAGGUCUCUAUAACAUCCCACAUGUCAAGGUCUCUAUAACAUCCCACAUGCCAAGGUUUCUAUAACAUCCCACAUGCCAAGGUCUCUAUAACAUCCCACAUGUCAAGGUUUCUAUAACAUCCCACAUGUCAAGGUUUCUAUAACAUCCCACAUAUCAAGGUUUCUAUAACAUCCCACAUGUCAAGGUUUCUAUAACAUCCCACAUGCCAAGGUUUCUAUAACAUCCCACAUGCCAAGGUUUUUAUAACAUCCCACAUGUCAAGGUCUCUAUAACAUCCCACAUGCCAAGGUUUCUAUAACAUCCCACAUGCCAAGGUUUCUAUAACAUCCCACAUAUCAAGGUUUCUAUAACAUCCCACAUGCCAAGGUUUCUAUAACAUCCCACAUGUCAAGGUUUCUAUAACAUCCCACAUGCCAAGGUUUGCAGAAUUUCCCCUUUUCUGUGAUUGUCACUACAUUCUUUCAGAUUUUCAACCAAUCCCUAGUAUAAAUAAAGGGAAACUGAGUGAACAAA